AUUUUUACGCCUGAACAAGAAGAUGCAUUAGUUAUCUACAUCAAGAAGUGUGCAAACCAUUAUUACGGACUAAGCAUUAGCGAAUUGCGUCUGCUCGCUUAUCAAUUUGCUUUGAAACUCGGAAUUGCUGUUCCAGAUAAUUGGCAAACCGCUGAAACGGCAGGAAUAUUUUGGUAUUAUGGUUUUAUGGAACGCCAUAAGUCGCUGUCAUUGCGAAAACCGGAAAAUACCAGCUUAAACCGAGUAAAGGCGUUCAACCGAGAAAGUGUCGGUUUAUUUUUCAACAAUUUGGAUGCUGUUCUCACCGACACCAUGCAUGAACCGGCUAAUAUUUGGAACAUGGACGAAACUGGAUUCAGUACCGUACCGGGCAGCGUCGGAAAAAUCAUUGCUAUACGGGGCGUUAAAAAAGUCGGCCAAAUGACAUCCGGUGAAAGAGGCCAAAUGAUCACAAUGGCUCUGUCUGUAAGUGCAGCUGGUAAUUCUAUGCCACCAUUGUUUUUGUUUCCGAAGAAAAAUAUGCAAAAACACUACAUGACACACGCAACACCAGGUGCCGUCGGCUAUGCCAAUGAUUCGGGUUGGAUGAAACAACCAGAAUUUCUGUUGUUUAUGAAGCAUUUCGUGAAAUAUUCUCACGCAUCCAAAGAAAACCCAAAUUUGUUGCUCAUUGACAACCACAGCUCGCACCUUUCGGUCGAAGCAUUAGAUUAUGCAGCAGAACAUGGCAUAACACUCCUAUCAUUCCCGCCACAUUGCAGCCAUAAGCUGCAGCCACUGGACGUUUCGGUUUAUGGUCCAGUGAAAAGCUAUUACGAACAAGAAUGCAGAAGCUGGUCCAGAAACACACAGGAAAAGAUCGAAAUGUUUCACAUUCCUGAAUUGGUUCGCAGCACUCUCGAUUUGGCUCUGACACCAAUCAACAUCAAAUCUGGUUUCCGAGGAACCGGCAUUUUCCCAUACAAUCCGAAUAUUUUCUCAGAUAUCGAUUAUGUCGAGGCACCAUUUGUUGAAAAUGAGAAUAAUGGAAUGCCUGACGAAAGCCAACGUCUCCUACUCGUUACUGAUGCAGCACCAGAUGUGGGAGCCGAAACCGAAGUCUCUACAACCGAUACCUCUGCAUCAACAACACCGGUACCGCGUGGAACAACACCGUUAUCUCGUGAAUCAACACCUUUAUCCCGUGCAUCAACACCUUUAUCUCGUGCAUCGAGCUUGGCUUCGAUUUUGUCUGAUGUUGGGCCUUUAAAACCAGCAAAGCCAAAACCUCCAUCAAAAAAACGUGGACCGAAGCCUAUGAAAAGUGCGAUUCUUACAUCGCCUGAAAGUCUUGCUGAUUUAAGAGCUAAGAAAGCGAAACGUGACGCCGCAGCCCAGAAGAAAGCGGAAAAAAUGACAAGUAAGCGUACACCGAAAGCCCAGAAGAAACCGGGUAAAGCGGCGAACACAACAAAAGCCCAGAAGAAAGCGGCGAACACAACAAAAGCCCAGAAGAAAGCGGCAAACACAACAAAAGCCAAGAAGAAUCCGGUUAAAGCGAGCAAACCAAAGUCACCACCCAAACGUAGAAAACAACGCACUUACUCGUCCAAAGAUGAAGAUUUCUGCACCAUAUGCAUGCAAGCGAUGCCGCAAAAUCUAACAACGGCCAAUUCCAUCGCAUGCAUAGA